AUGCUCUCUUCUGGCGCUGCAAAAUUUUUAUCCUCAUCAGCAAAAUCACUCAAACUUCAUACCUCUCCAAUUUCAUCAUCAUCGGCACUCAUCUCUUUGAAUUCCUUUCAACAUAGAAAUUUGAACAACUGGACAUGGGGGCCAACAAAGGACUAUGAAAAUCAAUUUGUUGUUGGAAAGGCACCACAUUCGAAAAGAAAGCCUGCCAAAAAGUUCUACAAGUGGACUCCUAAUCCUGCUGUUCCUAAAAAAGAGAUUGAAGAGCAUAACGCAAAAGUAAAUACUCCAGGAACCAAGAAGCCUCAAGUCAUCUCGGAACGAAACAAGGAACACAUUCAACGAAUUUAUGCUGCUGCAAAAGAAUUUAACCCACAGGCCGCUAUUGAAGCCUAUCAUAGAUGUUCUCAUGGUUUGGACGUUCGUGCAUAUUCUGCUCUUAUCAAAUCUAUGGAGAAAGAGGCUGCUCACAUCGGUGAUGCUUUUCAAAUCUACAAUGAUAUGAGAAAGACAGGAAAGAAGCCAAACUUGGUAACCUUCUCUCAUCUUGUGAAUGUGUGUAUCAAUGCCAACCACGUUCCUCGUGCUUUGUACGUGCUCAAAGAAAUGAUGAUAAGCAAACUGAAAGUUAGUGAGAAAACCAUGAAACAGGCAAACACCAUUUGCAAGAAGCUCAUCAAGCUGUGCUACGCAAACAACGAACCUGGAAGAGUACUAGUGAUUAUUGAUGCAAUGAGAUCAUUUAAGAGUGAUGAGGUAAAGAACUUAACUGGAGACAUUCCAAUUGAAUUUUUACAAAAAGUAGUAUUUGAGGAUGUUGCAGAAGAUAAACGAGCUGCUGAGGCAGAGAAAAUGCAAGACUUUUGGAUCGGUGUUAACAAGGCUCUCAGACCAAGCUUCACUGCUCAAACAUCUGCCACUCUUCCAAUUUCACCAAAACUGUCUUAUGGUUUGGAAGGUAAAACACAAAGGAGAGCACAUUUUGAGGCCGAACUUCGUAAAUUGCAAAGACUAGCUAAAGUUGAUGCCGAUAAUGAAAGAAAUAACAAAUUGUUAGAUUUUGAUGAGCAUGGUAUUAGUACACGUGAUUACUUGGAAGCACGUGCCACCAAAUUCGAUGUGUUAGGUAGCGCAGAGCAUGGAGACAUGGAUGAAUCUCUCAAAAUAUCAUAUAACACUCUUCUUACUGAGUUUUCGCACAUCUUGUACUCAACAGUUUUCAAUGAUAGAAAUUACAGACCAUGUGUUGACAAGUAUAGUGAAACAACUGAAUCAUUGGCGGUACAAUAUACAGAACGUUUGAAAAAACAAGGAUUUUCUGAAAGAGAUAUUGCAGUUGAAGUGUCUUCUUUCAAAGAUUUCGCUGAAGCUCAUAAUUAUAUUAACAAUAACUUCAUACAAGAAGAUGGAAGCAUUGAGUUGACAGAUGAGUAUCUCCAAGUUUUGAACACAGCAAUCAACGAAAAUUGGACUUUAAUUGACAAGCCAGAUCAUCAAAUUGUAUCAAUGAUCCCAACGGUUGUUGGUGCUUCUCCACAAGAAUCUGCAAUCUUACUAGCAAAACCAGUCAAGAACUUACUAAACAAGUUCAUUGAGGCCGAAUCAAUGACUGAACUUGAACCUAUUAUGGAUGAAUAUAAGUCUGAAAUGAGCAAGGCAACUAGAUAUGUAAACCGUAAAGUGGAUUGGAUCCCAGUUGUAUUGGGUGUUGAUGGUAGACCUUUCUUCCCCUCUGAAGAUAUUAUCUCUAUCGACAAAGUCACCACUGAGACCAUAGAAAAUGCCAAGCAAGCAUACAUUAAUAGCAUUAAGGAUGAAGAAGUUAAGAAGCAAAUCAAGGAAGAGUUCUAUGACUACAUUCACUUGAUCUGGAUUGAUAAUAAGGGUAGAGUUGUUGAAGGUAUCAGUUACUAA